GCUUUGGAACAUUUGUCAAAAAGAAGCAGUCAAAAAAGGUACAAGGCUUAUACAAGGUUUAUACAAUUCACAAAAAGAAGUACGGCGAUUGCUUGGGAAUCGAGGAUGUCAUCUGCAAGAAGAAGCAUCAAUACGAGCAGAGAGUGAAGCAGAAUCCGUCUAACUACAACACGUGGUUCUAUUAUCUUUAUGCCAUCUUUGAGAAACUAGAGACGAAAGACAUCGAACGUUGCCGUGAGGUGCACAAAGUGUGUCUGGAACUCAUAUCACAAAAACGUUUCAUUUUCUCCAAGAUCUGGCUGUAUUACGCGUACGUUGUUGUAAUCCGACAAAAGAACGUCGCGAAAACAAAAAAACGUUGGAUCUGGCACUGGGCAUCUGUCGGACGUACAAGCUCUAUCAAAGUUACAUUGAUCUGGAAACGCAGCUUGUUGAGUUUCGAUCGAUGUCGCAAGUUGUAUGUGAAGUUUCUCGAGUUGAGUCCGGAGAAUUGCGCCACGGUGGUGCAAUUUGCUGAGGUGGAAACGCGGCACGACAAAAACGCUCGUCAGCUGUUCGAGCGUCUAAUCGAACGCACGUUGCACGUCAAGGUCUCGAUCGUUUACGCCAAGUUCGAAUUGCUGAACCCGCAGCUGGAAAACAAUCUCGACAACGUCACUCUGGCCAGGUGUAUAUUUGAGCGCAAAAACAACGCGUCGAAAAACAGCGGCGACAUUGAGAGUCGCGUGUUGUGCUGA